AUGUCCAAGCCGGGGGGGGAACCAACUCCUGCACGGCGUGCGCAGGGGUACGAAGAUCAUUGUGAAGCAAUUCUUGGACCCAGCAGAGCCCUCACCUCGGUGGGCUUGGCGUGUGUCCAAGUGGCAGAAGAGGGCCUCACCGCGGCGAAGGCCGAAGCGCUGGGCGCGGCGCUCGAGGCGGCGGCGCAGGUCUUCGCCGCCGAGGAGGACGAGGCGUCGGCCGAGGAUCGGACGCUGGACCGGCUGAAGUUUAAGCACCGGCAUGCGACCGCGAGGUUCUUGGAGCCCUUGGGCGGGGCCUUGGACGGCUUGGUGCUGGACAUCUCCGAGACCCUGAGCCGCGCGGAGGAGAGCCUCGAUGGCGACCCAGAAGCAGGGCAGAACGAUUACCAAUACCAAGGAGAAGAGGGAACCACUUUGGUUGAACAAAUCAAGACCCAAAGCUCAGGGGAUGUCGGAGAGCUAUUGAAUCUGCAAGAGAGUCCUCCUGUGUUUUGCAUCAAUUGCCAUCCGAAUGAUGAAGAGGACCUGAAUGCCCAAGUUGAAGUAAGCGAGCAGUUUCUGAACAAGGCUAGGCAGUGUCCGCCCGCAAGUCUGAAAGACUUGAGGGUUCCGAAGACAGAGGCUGUGAAGAAGCGGCAUGCGAUUGAGGCUGCCGGCCUGAAGCGUCACAUUGAAGCUAAGGAGGAAGAGAAGCGUGAACUUGAGAGUCUUCAACCUUCAGAAGUGUACACACAUCAGGAGUUGAAGAGGAGUGUUCAAGAGGCAGAAGGAAGAAUCGAUGGUCUCGAGGCUGAACUCGGAAAGCUUGAUACCAAGGAUCUGGUGCGAAUACUUGAAGAGGUGCAAUGCGUGGAAAGAGGGGUGGGAAAAGGUGGCACAGGAAGUGGUUGGCACUUUGACAUGGAUUGUUCUCCGGUGCCGAUCCGCCAAGUGAAGCAAGGCGGGAAAUUCUACGAAUCAGGUGCAGUGAGAUAUCGCGAGGUCCACAGGACCAUGUAUCAGCUGCAGUGCAACUUCGAACGGAGGAAAGGGAAGUGGUUCUCAGGUGGAGAACUCAGAGUUGAGAGCCUAGGGUACAAAUGCGAUCUCCACGCAACUGAGAUUAAACAGAAGAGGAAAGAGGUCGAGAAGCAGCAACAGCUGAAGCUUGAUGGACUUAAGGAGAUGGCACAGAUCGAGAAGACACAGAAGAAGCUCAAAUCCGAUGCCAAGACAGUUGAGCUCGAGAUCACUAAAUCGAAAAAGAAGCUGGAAGAGCUAGAGAGCACACACUUCGUUUCCAUCGAAGAAGCGGAGGAGGAAGCAGCUUUGCUCGAGUGGCUCUUGGCGCUGGCCGUGCGGGGCAUGGGACACAGCCACUUCAGCGCGACGGCCUUGUGGGACUUCGCCAGUGAGGAUGCUUAUUGCGCAGUGGUCUUCGCCAAAGGUGCGCUGUGCUUUCAACCGGAUGAUGCCGAUGGUUGUGGGGACCUGCCGGAGCUGCGGGACGCGAUCCUGGGGGCGUUGCUGAAGCUUGGGGGGCAGGACGUGGCGUUCAGGGAUUGCAUGGAUCCCGAAGAGAAUGUCGACAUCAGCAUCCGCAACGAGCAGCUGGCGCUGCACCGCGCCAUGCUGGCGGCUGCUGCCGCACGGCAGCGACUGAUGCCAUGCCUCAUGGCCUUCCCGUGGCAGACGGGGCUCCUGGGUGACCAACGAGUGCCGGAGCUGAUCGGCUUCCUCCGAGCGACGCUGGACUCGACCGGUUCCUUUCCCCGGUGGAGCGCCUUCCUCCGGUCGCUGGGCGACGACGUGGACGCCUGGCGCGCCGCGGUCGACGGUGAGGGGCGGAGCUGCUGGGCGCUGCUGGCGGAGCUGGCGCCGCCCGGGCGGACGGUGCUGAGAGAUCUGGCGGGCUUGGCACGCACCGUUCCGCCUUCACAGGAAACAUGCAUCGCAUUGCUUCAACGCUGCUUGGGCCCUGCUAGCGGUGAUCCAGUUUCACUCGCGGCGCUCGUGGCAGUGGCCAAUGCUGCAGGACUGCAGCCUGGAGGAGAUGUCCUCAGCGCGGUGCUCGCGCACUUGGAGGACGCCCAGCGGCAGCAGGUGGCCCAGCGCCUUCCGGCGAUGACCGGAAGCGAGGCCGGCGAGGCUUGGGUGAGAUUGCUUGAGCAGGAGUUGGAUCCACCGGCCUCGGUGGAGCUGAAGGAGACGCCCAAGCAGGACUUGCGCGCACUGCUGGUGGAUGCUCCACCGGCCUUCUGCUGUCAGCUGGACGGACGGCUGCUCGUGGACCCCGUUCGGACGCCCUACGGCCAUGUCUGUGAGCGCUCCACGCUGGCACGAAGACUCGUAGAAGGGCAGUGUCCCUUUACAGGACAUCCACUUACUUUGUCCGAGUGCAUGCGAGAUCCCGAGCUGCGCAAGGAGCUGCGCGCCUGGCUGCGGGAAUCGUCCGAGAGAAGGAAAAAGGAGGAGCGAGACACUGCGAGAUGGAAUCCACGGAAGACGCUUGCCGGAGAAAUGGAGCAGGGUUCCCUAGAUGGCGAUCAUGUGCUCUUCAUGUCCGGCCGCGAACGGACGGCGCUGCAGAAGUACGUCAUCGUGCUGGUCUUCGUGGCGUUGGGCUUCGACAGCUUCUGGUUCGAUUUCGACUCCGUGUGGCUGAAGAACCCUUGGCCGGUCUUGCAGCAAGCACUGGCUGCAGAGGAGGCGGAUGCCGCACGUGAGGGAAGGUCGGAGGCCUUGCUCUUCUCCGCCAUCGACUACGAUUCCACGAACUGCGCCAUGAACGGCUUCUUCUUCGUCCGCGCGUUUCCGGAUGCCUUGUCAUGGUUGAUUGCCUUGCUUGAUUGGAUCCACAAGCGGCCCUUCGUCCACGACCAGCUGGCCUUCGGGCUCUUUCUGGGUACCACACCUUUGGUGGAUGAGGAGCCCAUCCCUAUGGCACCCGCCUGGGCGCCGUUGGACCCCAAAGUCUUCGCCAACGCGGCCCGCUUCGACGGCACUGGCUUCACUUCCGAGGUCGAUGACUUGGUGCUCUUCCACUUCUUCGAUGGUUGGAACUCCAACUCUCCGGAGGGAGUGGAGCAAUGGGCCACGGCGACCUACCGAGGUCUGGACCUUUUUCCACUGCUCUAUGGCGACCCCCAAGUCGCUCGGGACACGAUUGCCAGGUCGAGGCUCCCGGAGGUCCAAGAGCUCCGCAGCUGCUCUGCGCUGGCAGAGUUCGGCUUGGGCACCAAGGUCAUCAGCAGCCGCAUUCAGGUGACGAUCUAA